AUGGUUCGCCUCGACCACGCGCUGCGUGCCUGGGCCACCGCUUCCAGCGAGCACAGCGUGCCGCUCAAGCAGGCGCAGCAGCGCAUCCGAAGGGGCGAGGUCAGCGUGGACGGAACCGUGGUCACCGAGCCGCGGCACCAGGUCGUGCCUGGCGUGGAGUCGAUCGCGUGCGACGGCUCUCCCGUGCCCGCGGGCGAGCACAGCUUCUGCCUCAUGCACAAGCCGCCCGGCUACAUCUGCCAGCGCCACCCGCGAGACCCGUCGGUGUACGACCUCGUGCCGGAGCACCUGCGCCGUCCCGACCUCGCCGCGUGCGGGCGGCUCGACCGCGACACGACGGGGAUGCUGCUGUUUGCGACGGACGGGGGCGUGCAGAGCCUGCUGCUGCACCCCACCUCGCGCGCCGUCCUGCAAGAGGACUGCUCGGCGCUCCGUCCGGGCGCGCAGGCCGCGUUCGAGGCGGGCAUGCAGCUCGCGGACGGGUUGCAGUGUGCUCCUGCCGGGCUCGAGGCCGUGGGCGCAAGCACAGUGCGCGUGCGCGUGCACGAGGGCCACUUCCACCAGGCGGAGAGAUUCUUGUCCGGGCGCUGCACCGGGACGCGUUUGGAGCGCCGUCUGAUGGGGACGUGGGCUACGGAUGUGACCGGCGUCUCCUCACAGCCCAAGAACGUUGCCGCCCGCUAG